GACAAGGUCAGAUGAAGAGAGAGAUAUAGCGAAACGGUGACGAAAGCACAAUGGCGGAGUCGUUGUUGAGUGGUUCACAGUCUUCUCUUCUCCUACAAACUGCCAGAUUCGGGUCCCAAAACAGGUCUUACCCGACUCGAGUAGUAUCACUUCAUCUGCAGCGGUCUUUGAGCAAUAGCAACACUUGUGGUGGAGUAACGGUUUCCUCUUCUAACAAUCUGAAACGGCGUCGUUUCAGCGGGAUCGGCUUUGUCUCUUCCGAUUCAGAAGCAUCCACCGUAAUAACUGAUUCCGUCAACGACGCAGCUGAAGGAGCUGAUAUCAAGCCCGACGUCGGUGGUGGAGGCGACGGUUUUCGCGACGUCGGCGGUAAUAGCGGCGGAGGAGGAGGUGGAAGUGGUGGAGACAGUAGUAAGAACGAGGGCGAGGGAGGAUCGUCUGAAGAGAGUCCGAAGAAGAUGGCCUUGUCGAUGUCGCAGAAAUUGACUCUUGGAUUCGCUGCGCUCGUGGGAGUUGGUGGUGUUAUGGGAUACAUGAAGAGUGGCAGCCAGAAGUCACUGCUGGCGGGAGGACUGUCCUCGGGGCUUCUGUACUAUGUAUACACUCAGCUUCCAAGUAAUCCAGUUUUCGCGUCGUCGCUUGGACUUGGAGUGUCUGCAGCACUUUUGGGAGUGAUGGGUUCUCGUUUCAGGAGGUCAGGAAAGAUAUUUCCAGCUGGGGUUGUAUCUCUCGUGUCCCUGGUGAUGACCGGUGGCUAUCUGCAUGGUAUCCUGCGUAGUGCUCACUGAAACGAGUUUUUUCUUUUUCUUUCUCCAAGCAUCUGGUCUUCUAACUGGAUUUACCACCUCACCUUCUUGCAUGUGGGGAAUAACCGUAACGGUUUGUAGAAAUGUCUUUGUGUGGAACUUGUGAGCUGGAACCUUUUGUAUCGAUAUGCUGUGUCUGUUGGUGUAUUUUUGUCUUUGAAACACAACGCUUUUGUUAUAUCAAAUUUUAAGCAGUUAUCAGGCAUCAU